AUGAAUAUAGUGUCGCUCAUUUUGUCUAAAUUACCUACAGUCCUACUCUCAAAAUGGUCAGACUAUAGUUUCCCACUUAUCACCGAGGGCAAGAAGUCACGAUUGGAUAUUUUAGCAGAUUUCUUACAAGAAGAAGCGGUGAAAAUCUCGACGACAUCUAAUAUUCAUCUCAUCGGCAAUAACUUCAACCGCGUACAUAAUACGGUGCUAGUGACAACAGACAAUCAUGACUUUAAGUGUUUAUACUGCCGUGUUUCUAAACAUAAGCUAACAGAGUGCAAGCGCUUUAAAAAAUCACUACGAAAAGAUCGGUGGCGUCACGUUAAACGACACGGCAUCUGUUAUAAGUGUUUACUAUCGCGUCACGAUCGAGAUACAUGUCCGGCCGCGCCGUGUGAUAUCGAGAACUGUGGACAGUCGCAUCAUCGGUUAUUACAUUAUCCUAUAACAAAAGAUAUUCGUUCCCCGGGUAAUAUAAACAUUACGGAAAUAACAGAAAGUGCAACAGUGACGAACAUUAAUUUAUCUAACUGUAAAGUGUUUUUGAAAACCGUGCCUAUCAAUAUUCAUGGGCCAAACGGUGUAAUUAGUGCUACCGCUUUGCUAGACGACGGGUCGACCGUAUCGUUAAUAGAUUAUGAACUUGUAAAAAAACUCGGACUAAAUGGACAUAAACAAAUUAUGCGUGUGAGUGGUGCAUGGAACAAUAACUCAUUAGAAUGUGUUUGUGAGAUAGUAGACUUAAGCGUGUCAAACAAAGACGGAACUAUGUUUCCUAUUCGCGUGAGAAGUGUAAAAGACUUAAACUUACCUGUACAUGAUUCAACGUCGAUUGAUCUUACUAACUAUGUACAUUCUAUACCUGACAUUAAAAAUUGUUUAAAUAAUGAACUCUGUAAACCUAAAAUAUUAAUUGGUCAAGAUAAUUAUGAUUUAUUGUUACCGCUUCAAAUAAUAAAAUUAAAAAAUAGUAAAUUAUAUGUUACACGUACUGAGUUAGGCUUAUGCAUUCAUGGAUGUUUACGCGAACCAUCCCCGCUCCACCAGACCCCGCCCAUUAAGCGAGUACAUCAUUCAGCGUUAUUCAUUACUAACGAUUCAGAUAAAGAAUAUGAAAAUAAGUUACGAAAUUUAGAAGAACAAAUACGAAUAUCAUUUACAAUCGAAUCAAUGGGCAUCAGCAUGAAACCCAGGAAAAAUCUAGAAGAUCUUCAAGCUAUACAAUAUUUAGAAAAAACAUCUGUACUUAAAAGUGGAAGAUGGCAUGUCGGUUUACCCUGGAAAGAUAAUAACUGUAAACUACCAAACUCGUACCCUAACGCCGCGCUAAGAUUAAAAGGAGUACAGAAGAGACUGAAGACAGAUAAAGCUUAUGCUAGAAGAUACACUGAAAGAAUAAACCACUUACUUGAGAACGACUAUGCUAAAAAACUUACCUGUGGCUUCGAGAUAAGAAACAUAACAAGUAACAACGAAGCGGUAUUAAACUGCAUUCCACAAGAGACCUUAGGAACGACUGCAGUAAGGUUCAAAAUUGAACAGCCAAAUGAGGGCGAACGUACACUUGGAUUGAUUUGGUAUCCGAAAGAAGAUCUGUUGUCUUUUGACGUUUCUUUUAAGAAGAUUCCUGUAGAUAUAAUAACAGGCGACACGCGACCUAGCAAGAGACAGAUGCUUAAAGUUUUAAUGUCAAUUUUCGAUAUAUUUGGAUUUCUUUCGCCUUUUACAAUCAAAGGAAAAAUUAUGUUACAAGACGUAUGGAGAUUACAAUUAGAUUGGGAUGAAAAAAUACCUGAUAUUAUUUAUGAAAAAUGGAUUGAAUGGCUACAAUUAUUAAAAGAAAUUAAUCAGCUGCGUAUCCCAAGGCAUUAUGUAACGGCCGCAAGAGUAAACGAGACGGAACUACACUGCACUUCCGAUGCGAUUACGCAUACGUCACCCGAGCGGCCGCCGUUGCCAGUGUCUUGUAUUAGCGAAUCUCUCGCGUGCGCGUCUAACGGGCAGAUAACUUCAUGUUAUACGAACCUACAGCUACAUAUAUUUUGUGACGCGUCGACUAAAGCAAUGUGCGCCGUAGCUUACUGGCGUUGGACAGUGAAUAAUCGCUAUUAUGUUACAUUCGUCGCGAGUAAAUGCAAAGUUGCUCCGCUUAAAUAUCAGUCAAUACCUCGCAUGGAAUUACAAGCUGCGUUGCUUGCUGUGAGAUUAGCAGAUACUUUAUGUAAAGAACUUAAACAUAAACCUUACGAAAGAUAUUUUUGGUGUGACUCAAGUGUUGUACUUCAUUGGAUUCGAAACAAUAUGCGCAAUUAUACAGCGUUUGUCGCUCAUCGCUUAGGAGAAAUAGAUGAAUUGUCAAAACCAAACGAGUGGCGUUACAUACCUACGAAACUUAAUAGCGCGGAUAUCGCCACCAAGGAGACUUGUGAUUUAUCUGUGUUAAAGAAUGAGUGGUUUUAUGGUCCGGCGUUUCUUCGUGAUCGAGAUACUGAAUGGCCAGUAGACACACAGCUACCGGAGACGCCCCAUCUGGAUCUCGAAUAUACUAUGACCAUGCAAACAUAUAAUAAAUCCUUACCAGCUGUUCCUGAUCCUGAAAGGCAAAGGGAUGUGGGUGUGCAAUUGACACAUGGCACAGAGGUUUGGGCUAAAGCCAAACAAUGUAGCAUUCCGCUAUUAGAUUAUUACUCAUGCAUUUUACAUCGACUUCCUCGUGUUGAAGAAUGCAGGAAA